CAGGAAGGUUGUAGACCCAACCACUCUUCCUGCACUUCUCUCUGGAGCUGCCACCUGUCCUCAAGGAGACAAAGUCAUGGCAGCCAUAAAAUGCACCCCUGAUGAUCCUCAGUCUAGCAGAAGGCAAGAUCUCCAGGAGAUGCUGACAGAAGUGGGGUUGUCUGUUGACUACUGGCUGCCUAAACUUCAGGAAGACCUGGGUGUGACCUGUGCCCAGGCCUUACAACACUUAGAAGAAAAAGACCUCCAGAAGCUGAAGUCCCAGACACAAUACACAUGGGAGAAAAAGGCUCUGGAGAAGCUGCUUGACCUCUCACAGCCAACGACUGUUGCAGAGUUCCAGGAAACUCCAGGGGAGAUGAUGAAGAACAGGCAGAGGCAGGCAGGACAGACACUGCAGGAACUGAGGGCCUUGCAGUCAGAAGGGAAGAACAGACAGGAAGAAGCAGUGAGGAGGAAAGAAGCAGAGCUGAGGCAAGCAAUAGAGAUCCCUGAAGAGUGCUGGCCAGGGCCUGAGGUGCCCCUAAAAGAUGUCACUGAAACAAUGGAGAGACAUCUCAAGAACAUGGAGCAGAAAAUUUCCUACAGUGGAAACCUCUCCAAUAGAGAUCUGGUAAGAUGGGCAUCUGGAGGGCUGGCCCUGCAGGGAAUUUAUAAGACCUGCUACCAAAAGGACCUGGUCUCAAGGAGAGAAGAACUACUCAGAGUUCCCAAGGAAUUCUUCCUCUUUGGAUCUGAACAAGGGAAAAGGAUGGAAGCAAAAGAAUUUACAUCUUCUCAAGAAGAAAUCAUGUUCACCAAAACUGUGGAGAAGCUGGGAUUUGGAGCAACGAUAUCAGCCAAGGAUGGAUGCUGGGAAUUUAGUCUGAAAGGUGGUAGAGAUCAAAGUAAUCAGUCAGACUCUAAGGACAUCAAUGAAUCAUAUUCAGAGCAUUCUUAUUUCUGUUCAGCCAAGUUCAGCUAUGUGCCCCUGGCCUCCUUCCACUUUCGAAUUGAUCAGCUCCAGCUCUCCACUGCUGCUCUCAAGGAACUAAAAAUCAUUGAAGAACAGCUGGAACAUAGUAAUGGACCAGACAGAUUCCUCUUACUGAGGAACAGGACUGAAAACUUCUUCAACAGAUUUGGCUCUCAUGCUAAUCAAGGACCUCUGCACCUUGGGGGAAUAUACUGCUGGAAGGGCAUUGCAGAGGGUUUCCAAAGUGACCAGCUGGAUUGUGUGAAGCAGCAGACAGCAGAGGCGUUGGAGAGUUACAUAAGAGGGAGCUACAGUAGCUUUGGAAUUGAGGUUGGUGGAGGGAUGAUGAAAUCAGACUCACAUUCAGUAAGAUCCUACAAAAAUGCAAGCAAUCAACAGCUCCAAAUCAAAGUCCAAUUAUCUGUGGCCCAGAUAGGUGGACCACCAGAAGCAAAUGGAGUUGCUCAGUGGACAACAGGCCUUCUCAGCAGCAACAAAACCUGGUCUGUCAUUGACCGAGAACUUCAGCUAGUGCCCACUUGGGACAUCAUCCUAUCUAACCACGGAAGCAAUUUUAAGGACCCCUUUCUGGUAGCUAAUUGCCUGGCAGACAACUACUCUGCUCUGACUGGCCUUGCUGCCCACAUCCAGGCUGGAGAGGAGUUGUCUAGCUCCAUAAAGGAGGCAGGAAAUUUCCUCAAUAAUGUGAAAUCUUGGAAGGUCUCUGACCCUGAAGAACAGCUUAAGAACCUGAUGGAUUUCAUGCAAACAUUGGCUCACAAACCAAAAGGAUAUGACAUUUGGAUUAAUAGAUGUCUUGCAGAUUUGGAUCUGCAGAAUUUUCUCAUAAACACUUUCAACUUUUGCAAAAACCCAUCCAUUCAAAAAACUCAGUUUAUUAAAUCUCAGUUCCGCAGCCUCCUAGAACCUCAUAUCUACAAAGUGAAAAACUUUCCUCAGGCACAUUCAAUCAUGCAGUGGAUCUACCAGGAAGACUCAGAGGAACAGCAAGUGAAGAUCACUGAAUUUUCUGAAUUCCUUAAAACUUUGAAAGAAAUCCAAAAAUCUCUCAUAGAAGUAAAUGUCAAGUCUAGGUACUCAGAAACAGUGGAAGAAGCUCACAGAAAGGCCACCUGUGAGGUCACCAGAGCUCUUGGCUCCUUCUUGAACUACCUUGGAGAAGCAGAACAGCCAGACAUGCAGCUGCUGCUACUCUCCAUUGCAGCUGGUGCAGGCUAUCAGCUGGAAAGCAAAGUUUUUCAGCCUCUCCUGGGGUGCUCUGAGAUAAACUUCCUCCUGGAUGAAAUACAAACUGUCCAACACAGAUAUCAGGAGCUCAAAACCAUCUGCACAGGCAGGGCACAGGCAUUCCUAGUGCUCAAAGCUCUGACAACCACAGUUGGAGUCUCAACCAUUUCUCCAGAAGAAAAAACACGACGAUUGGCAUUGACAAGACAGCAUAUGGAGCCUUUAUUGUCUACAAAAUUUGCACAUGUCCUCACAAAAUUUGAAACAGAUCACAAUUGGGAAAAUCUAGAGAAUAAUUUGAGAUUACUCAUUGAUGGGAACUAUGGAGACACCAUCUCUUCUUUGCUGAUGGAUGAGGUGAAACAAUUGCAAAGUCUCCUCAAUAAAAAGAAAGAAACUUAUGAACAACAAAAUGAUGACAAUGAAAAAGGGGUGGUAGAAAAAGAACCUUUCCUACAUUUACUUAAGCGUCUAGGUCUAGAACAUCACUACCCAAAAAGGAUGAGCAGAGCUGACUUCCACCAGAUUUAUAAGACUUCUGUGCACAAUACACAGCCAGGAUCUGAACAGGAACUUCCCUUCUAUUUCCUCCAAAAGCUACUGAUGUUAGAUUGUGGGUUUAGAUAUCUAGUCUUCAAAAAUGCUGAAAAUACAGAAACCCAAGUCUCUGUAGUUCCUUGCAACCAGGAAAAUAAGACUUUUGAUCCAUAUGAAGAGUUGUUUGAUGACAGAGAUGAAGUCACUAAUUCUUCACCCACUGAGUCCCAGCCUGACAUUCACCCAAUGGACAUCCAGAUGGCCAUUUUUCACUGUGCAGAUGAUCUUGCCAGGCAAUAUAUUCUGUCCAAACUUUCCAUUUGUCAAUUUGCACUCCCCCUUGUGGUGCCAAAUCCCAACACUUCUCAGAUGGAAUUUUCUCUCUGGUCUCUCAGACAAAUUAGGAAAAGUUGGCAAGAGUCAAGUAAAUCACCACAGGACAAGAGCUACAGUCACAAGAAUCAGCAGAUGUGCUGUAUCUCUACCCCCAUUGUGUCCUUCAUUAGAGUUGGAAAUGGCCUCUCUGCUUCCAAAUCUCAGAUCAUGAACUCUUUGAUGAGUAAACAUAAACAUGAUGUGUUUUUUCACAGACACUGCAGAGGAAGCAGCAAACACUGUCUCCUGAUGGAGGGAGUGGUGGAGAUCUGCUGGUUCUGUCCUGGGGGCCAAGGUGAGGACAGAUUUGACAAGUGUGUGGCCUUCACCAAUCUUCAUGGAGAUGCCAAGGAACAUAGACAACAACUCAGCUUCCUGCAGGAUGUCUCUUCUCUCAUUGUGAUCCUCAUGUCAGCUUCUGAUGACAAUAAAGAAAACAAGAAUCUUGUCAGACACCUCUGUCAGUCAUCAAAACCUCUGAUCUGUUUGGUUGAUGACAAAGAAAAGGUUAUAGCCAAUAAUCCUGGUAAAAGAAUGAGAAUUGGCAUCAGGAAUAGAAAUGAGGCAGAAUUAACAGAGGAGCUCACAAAUGCCAUCAAACAUUUGCUAGAACUCUCUGGCACUCCUCUCAACUUAGAGGACUGUUCACAGAUGGCUAGAAAACAAGGAUUUCUGAUUGAUGAAGACAAAAAAGAAAUGAGCAAAGCCAAAGAAAAGGCACAGACUAUACUGGACCUCCUGAAGCUAUCAAAGUUAUCUGAGAUAAAAGAAAACUUGCUGCCCCUGCAGGGACAGCUGUGGCACCAUUGGUGUGAGAAGGACAAGGAACUCUAUCAUCUGAGAGAAAAAGGGAAUCGGAGCAUUGAACAACACAAGAGUGAAAUUGAGAUAGAAAAGCAAAAAAUACGAUGCCAGCAGUUUAAAAAGGCGUAUCCUCUCAAUCCUUUAAUGUGCUCUGUUCUACAAAUUCUCCAAGAAGAUUUAGAAAUUUACCCCAAACUCUAUUUCUUACACUGGUUAAAUGUGGUUUUAGAAAAUCUAACCUCAGGACACUUGGAGAAUUUGUAUGUGGAGCAACAAUCUUUGUGGUCAGUGGUACAGGAGGAAAAGCAAAAGGCACAGAAGAGCAGCUCCCUGACACUCUGGCAGAAGCAGAUAGAAUCCAUCUCUACUGAGAUUCUUAAGUGCACUUUAGGAAUUGAGCAUCUUCUCCGAGAAGUUGGCCAGAUCUAUGAAGCUCUGGAAGAAACUUGCUCCUUUAGAGAUAGCCUUUUUCUCUGCCUCCCUGAAAUUGCUGCAGACCUGAUGGUAGCUGGUGUUCCCAUUGAGCUGAUGGAUGGGGAUGCUUCAUAUGUGCCUCUAAAGUGGGUGGCAGCUGUUUUUGACAAAAUCUCAGAGAAAAUUAAAGAUAAAAGACUGUUUAUUCUCUCCGUCCUUGGCCUACAAAGCUCAGGGAAGUCCACCCUGCUGAAUGCCCUGUUUGGGCUGCAGUUCACAGUCAGUGCAGGCAGGUGUACCAAGGGGGCCUACAUGCAGCUCCUGAAGGUAGAUGAGGAAUUCACAAAAGAACUUGGCUUUGAUUUUGUGCUUGUUGUAGACACAGAAGGACUUCGGGCUCCAGAACUCAACAACAAAACCCACAAUUGGGACAAUGAGUUGGCAACAUUUGUCAUUGGUCUUGGAAACUUGACUCUGGUCAAUAUUUUCGGGGAGAAUCCAUCAGAGAUACAAGAUAUUCUACAAAUAGUUGCCCAGGCCUUUCUUAGAAUGAAACAAGUGAAAAUUUCCCCCAGUUGCCUAUUUGUUCAUCAAAAUGUGGGAGAAGUUACAGCCAAAGACCAAACUAUGGAAGGACGGAGGAGACUGGAACAGAGACUGGAUGAAAUGACAGCAUUAGCUGCUGAACAGGAAGAGUGCUCCAACAUAACCCGCUUCAGUGAUGUAAUCAAAUUUGAUGUCAAUAGUCAUGUCUACUACUUUGCCCACCUCUGGGAUGGCAAUCCCCCAAUGGCCCCUCCCAAUCCUCAAUAUAGUCACAAUGUCCAGGAACUGAAGAGUAGGAUUCUUUUAACUGCCCAGCAAGAAUCCAGGAAAAGGAUCAUGAGGAUAUCAGAUGUAAAAUUCCGAGUUCAAGAUUUGUGGAAAGCCCUUAUCAGUGAGAACUUCAUUUUCAGUUUCAGGAACACCCAAGAGAUCAUAGCCAUGAGUAAACUGGAAACCAUGUAUAACCACUGGACCUGGGAGCUGAGGAGUCAUGUGCUGGACUUACAGAAUCAGCUGAACAAUCAGAUUCAGAAUGGGAAAAUCCUGACACUCACACCUGACACACUGGUCGGUCUAGUUAAUAAGAAAUAUGAAACCAUCAAGCAAAAAUUUGACAAAUAUUUUGAAGAAGACCCAGGUAGGGAAACAUUGGUGCAGUGGAAAGCAAAUUUUGAACAGAAGCUACUAAUCCUUAAAGAUGCACUUAUUUCAGACACCAGAAGGAUAGGAAAUGAACUUAUCAGUUUUAAAAAAAGUCAAGAAAGACUAGAUAACCAAAAGUCACAAUAUGAGAAUGAAUUGUUAGAGAAGAGCCAAAAAUUGGCUUUAAGUGUGAAGGGUAAAGAAUUAAGUGAUAAAGAGUUAUAUGAGAAAUUUGAUCAACUUUGGACAAAUUGGAUCGACAAUGUUUCUUUGACUGUACCUCCUGUCAAAGAGCCUGACAUUGAUUUGGAUUCUGAAAACAUCCUACUGGAGUAUUUCAAGAAGGCAAAAAACAUUGGGGAAAGACUUAAAAAGCACUCUGGAGAAAUGUUUGUAAUCAAUUAUGCCAAACAUGUCCAAGUGAAAAAAAGGUAUAUGGUAUUUACAAAAGGCUUAGAAACAUGUCAUGAAGAAUCUAUUAAGAAGACUACUAAUAACAUUGAUUUAAUAUUUAAUGAAAGAAUUAAAAACAUUAAGAAGCAAAGACGUGAUUACAGCCAGAAUGAUUUUCAUGAAAUCUUGAGGAUAAUAGAAAAUGAACUGAAAUCUGUACCUCCUGAGGAAGACUAUACAUUUACCAGAGACUACAGCAUUGAUUUAUCCUUAUGCUUAUUCCAAAAAGCAUCUAAGCAUUUCAAGGAAAUAAACAUGGCAUUUAAAAGAGAAAAUGAUCCUGUAAACUAUUUAGAGAGAAAGAAAGAUGAUUUCUUCAUGAGUUUUAAGAUCUCUUGCCAAGGUGCCACCUCCAUCACAUCUUUUGUUGACUUCCUGUGGCUCAAGCUCACUCCUGCUAUCUAUGCCACUAUAUGGGAGCAAAUGGGUCUUAAAGUAGCUGGGAACAUGAGAGCCACAUGCCCUGCAUUCAAUGGAAACAGGGCUAACCUGGAGAAACAUAUUCUCAUUUCUCUAGCAGAAGAAGAAAACUUUGAUAAGUAUUGGCAAUACAUUCAUCAUCCAGAAUCCUUUUUCAGGGAUUACAAUAGUGACCACAUUAGAAGAUACUGUUUUGAAAACGAAGGUAAAAAAAUAAAGACUUUCUUAAAAAUAAGCUUAGGUGACAUCAAGAAUGCCAUCCUCACUGCCAUUCAUGAGUCCACAGCAGAAGCUAAAGAUAAAGGCAGCACUGUUUCUGCCUGGUUGGAUUUGUUCUGUGAUCACCUAGGGAGCAACCUGAUCUUUCCAAGAAGAGACCUGAUAAGCAUUGAGCACCAGGAGAUAAAGGAUAUGGAGUUUCUCAAAGAAGCCAUGAGUGCAGCUUUGGAUCCUGCAAUGAAGAAGGUAGAAGAGGACUGCUCAAGUAAGGACAUAAAUGAAAUGGUUCCUGAUAUUGAGAAAAUUCUCUCUGAACAUCUCUGUGGCUGCUGGAAACAGUGUCCUUUUUGUAAAGCAAUUUGUACUAAUACCAUUCCCCAACAUGAAGGAGACCACAGUGUGCCGUUCCACCGUCCUAAUGCUGUCAAUGGAUGGCAUUACAGAAAAACAGAGUACUUUUACACUGACAUCUGUAAUAGUUCAGUAGCAAGUAAUGGUUCAUUUUAUUUAGGUGAUUAUAAGAAAUUCCCAUACAAGAAAUAUCGAGAAGCAGGAGGUGAUUAUGCCACGUGGAGCAUCACCCCAGACUCAUCUACCCAGCUGUAUUGGAAAUGGUUUGUUUGUCAAUUCAGAUCAGAGCUUGAAAAGAAAUAUGAAAAAAAAUUUAUAAAGUUAGGUACUAUUCCAGAUCCAUGGACCAAAAUCACAAAGCAAGAAGUACUUGAUGACUUGAAAAAUAAUAAUUGACAAAACAAACACUAACACUGCCACACAAAGUUCACAUUUUCCAAAGAAUCUGAAAGUCAAUUUAAGUGGCACCUUCAAGAUUAUUGCUUAUAAAUGAAAUACAUAAAAAUAAAUUAGUUACUAUUUCAAGACCUGAAGAUUUUGUACUAAAGAAAUAUUUUUCUGUCUUGAUUUCUCCUGCUUUAAAUAUAAUGUACUAUACAUGAAAAUAUAUGAAAAAAUCAAUAUGCAUUCAAAAACCUAUUUAAUACUUUAUUAUUCUGAAUACUUGUUUAGAUAUAUAGUGACUCAUUAGAAAUUGUCUUAUUAGAAGAUAAAUCUAGCAUUUCAGCUGCUGUGGGAUGGUCUGUAUGUCAAAUUACUCUGAUUGGUCAAUAAAUAAAACACUGAUUGGCCAGUGGCU